CCGAGCCUUCCGAGAAGGCACGCCCCUUCUCACUUCCCCCCCUGGCUCGCCGCCUACUCAGGGUUGGAUGUCUUGUGGAAGGUUUCUUGUGGACUGGCCUCCACUGUUCGGGGGGGAAGAGGAUCCAGAAUGAGGGGGGACGCAUCGACGACCAACCGCCCAUGGACCACCGACAGAUGUGCUGUCGGGGGCCUGUCGCCGAUCUAUCGGCGAUGUGUCGCCGAUUCCAGGUCGAUGUGCCCCCCAGGGUCGGUCUCCCCCUAACGUUGCCCUUGAUGAGCGUGCUGGACGUGCGCGAGCUGGACCACAGCACAAAGCGACCGUGGUUCAACAGCGACGCGCUCGAGGCGACGAUGCGCGGCGUGGGCAUCGGGUACAGGUAUGUCGGCCAGGAGCGGGACGAGGCGGCCUGGGCCGAGGCGGUCGCGCGGGACGUCCUGGAGUCGCAGCCCCCCGUCUGCCUCCUGGGGGUCCGGGCCUUGGCCAGGGAGUGCCCUCGGCUGCGGCUCGCGCAGAGGCUGGAGGAGCAGCUCGGCUGGGCGGUGGUGCACCUGCAGCCGUCCGCGGACGCGCCCCCCGCGCUCCGCCUCCUUGCCCACAGGCAUGCCGAGGUCUAUGCGAGGAGCCGCGGCUGGGCUUCGCACGCGGCCGCCGUGGCGGAGCGCCUGGAGCGGGAGAUGGGCCUGUCGGGCACGUGGCAGAGCAGGGUGUGCGGGCGCCACCCCCCCGACGGAUCCACGAGCUGGGAGGAGUGGGACAGGGGCCGCAAGUUCCCUGCCCCGGGGGAGGCACCCCUGGUCGUCCGGCUGCCGUGGGAGACGUCGAUGCUGAUCGUCCCCGGGUUCAUGACGAAGGCGGAGGUCUACAGCCUGCAGCAGGCGUGCUUGCCCGGCGCCAUCGACUACGACCAGCCUCGGCGGCAGGUGCGCAACCCAGACGGCAGCUUCACCCAGUUCAACGAGCACCACAAGGAGGCCUGGCUCUGCGAGGACUACGACCACCGUGACACGAGGCGGGUGGUGCCGCCUCGCGCCCAUCCAGGGCAGCCGCUGAGCCCCUCGGUCCGGGAGGUCGUGGCGCGCGCGGCCGCGGCGGCGAUGGCGCCGUUCAACGGCGUCAUGUGCCGCUGGGAGCCCCCGGGCGUGCACUUGAAGGACGGCCCGCACACGUACGCGACGCACUGCGGGUGGGGCUCGACUACGGUGAUAGGGCUGAUGGCAGUCGGGGCGACGCGCGUUGUUCUUCUUCCGACGUCCACGGCAUCCCGUGGUACCACGGGCGCGGGCGGCGAGAGGUGGUCGCCGUCGACAUACCCCUGGAGGAGGGCAUGCUCGUGGCGUUGGGCGGCCCGCUCAAGGAGCGCUGGCUGUACGCCCAGCCGCGCGACGAGGAGGCGCUGCCUGAGCGCAUCCAGUUCACCCUCCAGCUCCACGCGGACCCCGAGGUCCGAGCGCUCCAGCUCCCUCCUGCCUCCCUCCUGCUCUCCCCCCUCCUCGGCCCCUUGCCCCCCAUGGCAGUCCUGCCCGAGCUCCGGGCCCGGUAGGGUGGGCUUUGUGGAGUUCGCCCACUGUUUGAACCGGCUGUCGCAUCCACCAGGCAGACCGCGACGUUGCUGACAGCACGUUCGCGGACCCCGAGGUUCGAGAGAUGGAGCACCGCAUGCAUCGGAGGCGAGCGAGGGGGGGAAGUAAGAAGGAGAAGGCCUUCUCAUAAGGCGGCGGGACUUCUCAGAAGCCCUCGCGCGUGCUUGUGUUCGCUGGGGGAG